AUGAUAUGUACCUACAAGUUGGAAUCCGAUGUGAACAGAUGGCAAGAAGUAAGAGUUAGCAAGGUGACUUUAUUAAGGGAAAAAGUACAAAGUGACGAGAGGGUGUUUUUAGGAGGUAGAGUGGAAAAGGACAAGAAUCAAAGGCGCAAAUUUGAUUGGAGAGAAACCAAACUGAGCCAAGCGAACAUCAGGUCUCUUAUUUAUAGUAAAAAAGAGGUCAUAAAGUUGCAACCAAUCAAGAUAAUGCUUUUGUCUGAAGGAAUCAGAGAUGAGGGCUGA